CCACUGACCCCACUGCUGGAGCGCUGGGUCAACCAAACACCUUGUUUAAUCCCCUCCCCUGGCCCCCAUUGCCCCCCACCUUCCGCUCUCUCUUUCUCUCUCUCUGUUUUUCAUGUUUUUAUAAACACACAUCCGAUCAUCCAUAGCGUCCAAGGCUCGUAAUUAAUUAAGCAGCAGCCCAUGGCAGCAAUGGACGAAGAGUACACCCAUUUCCCCUCGUACUCAGAUCUAGACCUCAGCUUCACCAGCUGCACCUCCGCCUCCACCACCAGCGACCGUACCUUCGCUUGCUCAAGCGCUCGGAGUAGCUUAGCACGCAGCAGCUUGACUCUCAGCUUCAACGAGUCCCGCCUCUCCUCCACCUCCACCUCCACUACCACCACUACUACUACUCCCCAAUACAGCCGUCCCCACCGCAAUUCCGACCCACAUUGGGCCGCCAUCAAAGCCGCCACCAACAUCUCCUCUGACGGCAAACUCCACCUCCGCCACCUAAGCCUCCUCCGCCACCUCGGCAGCGGAAACCUCGGCCGCGUCUUUCUCUGCCGCCUCAGAGACAAUGAGCACGCCAACUUCGCUCUCAAGGUGGUGGACAAGGACUCACUCAGCAGUAAAAAGCUCUCCCACGUCCAAAUGGAGGCCCACAUCCUCUCCAUGCUCGACCACCCAUUCCUCCCUACACUCUACGCCCACAUCCACGUUUCUCACUACACCUGUCUCCUCAUUGACUACUGCCCCGGCGGGGACCUCCACUCCCUCCUCCGCAAACAGCCCGCCAACCGCCUUCCGCUUCAGGCAGUCAGGUUCUUCGCCGCCGAGGUCUUGGUAGCCUUGGAAUAUUUGCACGCUCUCGGCGUUGUUUACCGGGAUCUGAAACCCGAGAACGUUUUGCUACGUGAAGACGGCCACAUCAUGCUGUCUGACUUUGACUUGUGCUUCAAGGCCGACGUGGUGCCCACGUUGCAGGAGAUCCGGGCCCACCCCACCACCAGGAGCCGCAGGUUCAAUUGCUUGGGCUCGGCUCCUACAAAAGUCGUCCGGGAGGAGGUGGUGGCCGAGUUCGUUGCCGAGCCUACAACGGCGUUUUCGAGGUCCUGCGUCGGCACCCACGAGUACCUGGCGCCGGAGUUGGUCUCCGGAAGCGGUCACGGUAGCGGCGUUGAUUGGUGGGCUUUCGGGGUUUUCAUUUACGAGCUGUUGUACGGGACGACGCCGUUCCGCGGGGGCAGCAAAGAGGGCACCCUGCGGAAUAUAGCGUCGAGCAGGCAGGUCAGAAUCCACGCGGCGGAGAGAGAGGAGGAAGGGACGGCGGAGGCGAGGGAUUUGAUAGAGAAAUUGCUGGUAAAGGACCCAAGAAGAAGGCUAGGCUGCGCCAGGGGAGCCACCGACAUAAAAAGGCACCCUUUUUUCGAUGGGAUUAAGUGGUCGCUGAUCCGGAACUACAGGCCACCGGAGGUGCGUGGGCUGGCGAGGAGGGGAAAGGUGCACGUGAGCCACGUCAACGUUGGGGCUCCCACUCCCCACAAGAGAAGGCAGCGGUGUUGGUGGAAGAGGCUUGGUUUAAUUUUUUUGUUGAAAAAGAGGAAGGACAGAUGUAACGCAACUCACAACAGCACCCACGGCAAUUACUACCAUUACCUCAGUGAUUACAACAACAACAACAAUAAUAAUAAUAAUAAGCAUAUAUAGUAAAUAGGGUUAGCGGAUGGUGCGAAACUAGUUGAUUUCUUUUUGCUUGUUAUGCAAGUCUAAUAGGGACAUAAAAUUGAAAAUGAGCGUGAUAGAUAGUAAAAAGGCAACAACAGAAUGAAAUAAUGAAUAGCAUUUUCGGUAGAGUUGUUUUUAUUUUCAGUUUUGACUUCCGUGCUUGUAACAUUAAAUAGUGUUUUUAAAACAUAUUUUUACUGUUUGAGCU